CGUAACGUAUGAGAUGGGUUUUUUAGACAUUUUGGAGUUGUAUAAUACAUUUCAGAAUUAAUUGGAAAGUACAUUGUGUUCACCGUGUUUACUUUUCAUUUAUCGUAUUAACACAAGGAUACAGUCGAAUUUAAUUCUUCAGAUUGUGAGGAAAGUGAUCCAAAGAUAAGUAGUAACAAAUUCACGUUGUCCAGCCAUCUUUCUUGAAAAUUGAACUAGAUAAUGACUACUGAUAAUUGUGGAAGAUUAAUUAAAGAGGAGGAAGAGGAGGAGGAAUGUAAUGCAAUCCAAAUGAUCAUCUCAAAGUAUGAAUCAGAGCCAAAACAAGUCAAAAGGGAAGAUCUCAUUGAUGUUGAUCAUGAUCUGAAAUCUGAAAGGUACUUAGAAGAAGUGAAAGAAGCCUCACAUUGUGAGGUAUGUGGAGGUUUACUUGGUCCAACUGAUUUCUUCAGCUCUGAUCAUUGGAAAUUCUGUUACCAAUGCCAGAAUAGGUCUAAUACUAUGGAUUUGAAACCACUUGCUUCAGAUCUUGGAAGCUCUCGUUUUAGAACCCAAGAAGAAACAAUUUUUGGAAAGGAAGAGGAGAUAAUUAAUGAAAAUAUGUCAAAUGAAAGUGUUCAUUUUGUUCAACACAAAAUAUCAUGUGAAACGGAGGAAAUUACUGAAAUACUUAGUUCUGGACAUUAUUCGAAUUCAAGCAGAGAGAGUAGAAUUCAUGAAGAAAACAAAGACUGGUCAAAUAAUUUGAAUGAAAGAACUGAUGUGGAAUCUGUUGAAAAUACGUAUACAGGGAAGAUGCCACUUCAUCAUAACAUUUGCGAAAGUAGCUUGAAAUUGCAUGAAAAUAAUAAUACAGGCGAAAAAUCAUUUCAAUGUAAAAUCUGCUCUAGAUCAUAUAAUAGGCCUAAUGAUUUAAAAAACCAUGAACAAAUUCAUACUGAGGAAAAACUGUUUCAGUGUAAAAUCUGCUCCAAAUCAUUCUUUCGGUGUGAUUAUUUGAAAACUCACGAAAAAAUUCAUACUGGUGAAAAACCGUUUCAGUGUAAAAUCUGCUCAAAAUUAUUCCGUCAAUGCAGUCAUUUGAAAAGACAUGAAAAACUUCAUACUGGCGAAAAACCGUUUCACUGUAAAAUCUGCUCUAGAUCAUUCAUUCAUGGAGGUGAUUUGAAAAAACAUGAAAACAUUCAUACUGGCGAGAAACCUUUUCAGUGUAAAAUCUGCUCCAAAUCUUUUAUUCAAAAAUAUAAUUUGAAAUUGCAUGAAAAAAUUCAUACUGGCGAAAAACCGUUUCAGUGUAACAUCUGCUCUAAAUCAUUCAUUGGAAGUAGCAGUUUGAAAAGACACGAAACAAUUCAUACAGGAGAAAAGCCGUUUCAGUGUAAAUUCUGCUCCAAAUCAUUCAAUCACUGUGGAAACUUGAAAACACAUGAAAAAAUUCAUACUGGCGACAAACCUUUUCAGUGUAACAUCUGCCCCAAAUCAUUCAUUGGAAGUAGCGAUUUGAAAAGACAUGAAAAAAUUCAUACAGGCGAAAAACCGUUUCAGUGUAAAAUCUGUUCUAAAUCAUUCAAUCACUGUGGUUAUUUAAAAAGACAUGAAAAAAUUCAUACUGGCGAAAAACCUUUUCAGUGUAAAAUCUGCUCUAAAUCAUUCAUUGGAAGUAGCAGUUUGGCAUGA